AAACCUAGGAUUUUGCUAAAAACAAACGCAACCGCUAGGGUUUUUUUUUUUUUUUUUUUCUUUUUCCUUAAAAUAAUAUUAUUUUGGUGUGGAACUCAGAAACUCUAUUUGAGUGAUAAAAAUGAGAAGCAUGGCAAGGGCGUACUAGCUGCAGGGGUUUGAAAAAUGUGGAGUAGAGCGAGGCGGGGAUGCGGAGGAUGGAGGGUUUUGCAGGCAAGGCGUAUGAUAUCAAGUCGGCCGCCUCCAGUAAGCGUCUCAUCGGCCGUGAAUUCCAUGUUACUCCGCUCCCUCAGAGACCACUAUCUCGAAGUUUCCAAAAUGACUCCUCCUCCGAAGGUGAGCCCUCCAUCUCCAUUCUCCAUUAUCAAAGGUGCGCUCGACUCCGAGGGUCCUGUGCUCAAGCGCAGCUAUGGCAAUGAAGAAAUUAGCAUUUAUGUGAUGCGAUUGGCUAACAUUAUACCUGGCGGCGACGAUGAGGAUGAUAACAUUAAUCAGCUCUUCCUUCAUGUCCAGGUCUCCAAGCCUGGCCAGAAGGAUUCCUUGCACUUCCUUUGUGGGCUGUAUCCGGAUGCCUUGGGGAUUCACUCCGUUUCCAUGAGGCCCAAGCUCCAGUCUUCUGGCUUUCUUGUGCUACCCUCCCAAUACAAUGGUCCAGUGUUUCAAGAUCUCAAUGAGAGGAUGAGAGAUGCACUUCACAGUUACAUAGAAGAGCGAGGUGUGAAUGAAAGUCUCUUUCCAUUUCUUCAAGCAUGGCUUUAUGUGAAGGAUCAUCGGAAUCUCAUGCAUUGGUUUCAAAGAGUGGGCACAUUUAUUAAUGAACAGAAGCCAUCUAAAGAUGCUUCAUCUUCUAUGUGAUUGUUCUGUAGAUGAUUUAUUAUUUAUAUAAGUAAAGUUGAACUGCUUUUGACUAA